GGAAGACUAUCGGCAAUCCAAAGCUUAAAGUUAAAGUUGGUAUAUAUUACAAAAAAAAACUGCUCCUGUCAAAGGCCUCCUCUGCGCACAAGGCCUCCUCCAGGAUGAUCCGGAACUAAACGGGGAGGUGUCCAUAUUUCCAUGAUCAAGGCGGUCCAAGGUCAUUAACAUACAAGUCUGCCGCCUUCCGGUGCGUAAGGAGGCAUGGCUGUUGGGGCUACCUUUUCCGGUCACAAUCUGCGAUUUCCAACAUCAGCUGAAGCGAUAAUGUCUUCUUAUUCCCCAAUCCCUAAGCAUCUGCCAUCGGCGUUUGCAUGUGCUGCCAUGAUCAGCAAGUCAGGCAUCUCCGCGAGGAAUUCAGUGACACAACGUCACACCAACAAUACUCCGAGGUAUGACCGGGGCUCUAACGAGGGAAAUUUGACGAAGGAUUACUUACAAGAGUCGAAAGACUUACUCAGAUCUGACGGCGGCCCGCCUCGCUGGUUAUGUCCGUUGGAUUGCUCCUCCAUCCGGCCACAACAUUCCCCGCUAUUGCUCUUUUUGCCAGGCAUUGAUGGUGUUGGGCUCGGACUUUUAUCACACCACAAAGCACUGGGAGAGAUUUUUGAGGUUUGCUGCUUGCAUAUUCCUCUAACAGAUAGAUCCACAUUUACAGAUUUGGUUAAACUUGUUGAAGAAACUGUUAGGUCUGAGUAUUCUAAUGCACCAAAAAGACCCAUUUAUCUUGUUGGGGAGUCUAUAGGCGCUUGCCUUGCACUUGCUGUUGCUGCUCGUAAUCCCGAUAUUGAUCUUGUGUUAAUUUUGGCCAAUCCAGCCACAUCUUUCAGCAGAUCUCGGCUGCACUGUUUAUUGGGUCUAACAGAUGCCACGUCUAAGCUAUCCUACCCUACCAUAAUUUACUUAUUGAGAUUUGUCUUAGGUAUUCCUUUAAGAAUGACUGUGUCUAUAUUUGGAAAAAGGUUGUCUAUGCAACAAACAGCUGAGGAGCUAACUCAAAAUGCUGCAGCUCUUUCAUCCUGUGUUUUUGUGCUGGCUCAUGUUUUACCAUUAGAAACACUUUUUUGGAGGCUGAAGAUGCUUAAGUCAGCUGCAGCUUAUGUUAAUUCUAGACUCCAUGCAGUUAAAGCCCAAACAUUGAUACUCUCUAGUGGUAGAGAUGAACUUCUACCCAGUCAAGAUGAAGGUGAAAGACUUCGCCGUGUCCUACCAAAUUGCGACAUCCGAGAAUUUAAUGACUGCGGUCAUGCCCUUUUCAUGGAAAAAGACAUGGAUUUAGUCUGUGUCAUUAAAAAAGCUGGAAUUUAUAAACGUGGAGUGCGCCGUGACUGUGUCUCAGAUUACCUGCUACCAAAACUUUCAGAGUUUCAAAGAGUGUAUGAACCAUUCAGGUGGACCGAGGUUGCCUUCAAUCCUGUGAUGGUCUCGACCUUGGGAAAUGGGAAGAUUGUGGAAGGACUUGCUGGGAUUCCAUCAGAGGGACCUGUUUUAGUUGUCGGUUAUCACAUGAUGCUGGGAGCCGAACUGAUUCCUUUGGUGUCCCGUUUUUUGCUCGAGAAGGAGGUUGUCCUUCGCGGGAUGGGUCAUCCUAUGAUGUUUUCAAGACAGGGAGAAGGGGGGUUGUUACCGGAGUUAUCAUCAUAUGAUCCAUUCCGGUACAUGGGCGCUGUGCCUGUAUCUGCCUCCAACUUCUUUAAACUUAUGUCCUCAAACUCCCAUGUCCUACUCUAUCCAGGUGGUAUGCGGGAAGCUCUUCACCGGAAGGGUGAAGAAUACCAGUUGUUCUGGCCAGAGCAGUCUGAAUUCGUGAGGAUGGCAGCCAGAUUCGGAGCCAAAAUUAUACCUUUUGGCGUUGUUGGAGAAGAUGACAUUGGUGAAUUGCUCUUCGAUUACCAUGACCUGAUAAAAAUCCCAUAUUUCAAGGAUGCCAUAGAGAAACUAACUGCUGAGGCAGUAAAGUUGAGGAGUACUGCAGAAGGUGAACUUGCAAACCAAGAUGUUCAUCUCCCGAUCAUUCUUCCAAAACUACCUGGCCGCUUUUACUAUUAUUUCGGGAAGCCAAUUGAAACAGAAGGAAGAGAGGAUCUGAAAAGGAGGGACAAAGCGCAUGAAGUGUAUCUGGAGGUGAAAUUAGAAGUGAACAAAUGCAUAGCUUAUUUGAAGGAGAAGAGAGAGAAGGAUCCAUACAGGAAUUUAGUAGCUCGCUUGCAUUACCAGGCUACUCAUGGCUUUCGUUCUCAAGUCCCCACUUUUGAACUCUAAUUAGUCCUGUUGGUGCUUCUUCUCCACUCACGGGGUUCUCCUCUACUGCGACCACAACAUUCAACCCUCAAUCCCAAUUUACAGAGGUCUGCUAAACGAACCAAUCAAUACCUAUUAUGGUCAUGCAUGUCUUUUUUUUGUAAUUAUAAAUGUAAGAAACGUUUUAUUAUUGAAGUGCUGUGGUUCGGCACUGCUCAUUCUCACUCAUAGUCAUACAUAUGAGGAUUAUAAUAACAAUCACUUACUGCCGUCAAUGGCAUUAUAGGCCCAUAGGGGUGUGCAAGUGAGAUCAGAUACUCAAGUGGCCAGGUACAAUUCUCAGGAAUGAUGACAAACAUAGUUUAUUAUACUGCUAUUUAAAAGACAGUAUUCAAGCCCAAAUGAUAUCUGAUAGUGUGAAAAAAGAAGAAAGGUGUCACUUUAGUACAUGAACUUGUAUCAAGGGAAGUAAAAAGUACACUAUUUAU